CUCCGCCGCUCCGCAGCCGCCCACGCCUCCUGCGCGCCGCGGCGCCCGAGCGGGCGGCUCUACUUAAGCUGCGCGCGGGCCGCGACCCGGCACUCGCCUGGAGCGCGCGGGCGAGGCGGGUGCGGCGCACCAGAGCUCACGGGGGCGCACAGCGGCGCGCUCGCACCGCGCGGCUCUAGCCGGUGGCAGCGGCCGGCGCAGGGCUGAGCGAGCGUCCCGGUUCCGGGGCUCGGAGAAAGGCGGCUGCGGCUCCUGAGAGCGGCCCCCAUCCCGGUCACUGGCCAAGCCCGGCCACCUCUUUGCCAUGGCUCUGGCGGACAGCACACGAGGAUUACCCAACGGGGGCGGCGGCGGGGGCGGCAGCGGCUCUUCGUCGUCCUCUGCGGAGCCGCCGCUCUUCCCCGAUAUCGUGGAGCUGAACGUGGGGGGCCAGGUGUAUGUGACCCGGCGCUGUACUGUGGUGUCGGUGCCAGAGUCGUUGCUCUGGCGUAUGUUCACGCAGCAGCAGCCGCAGGAGCUGGCCCGGGACAGCAAAGGCCGCUUCUUUCUGGACCGGGACGGCUUCCUCUUCCGCUACAUCCUGGAUUACCUGCGGGACUUGCAGCUCGUGCUACCCGACUACUUUCCCGAGCGCAGCAGGCUUCAGCGCGAGGCCGAGUACUUCGAACUGCCUGAGCUCGUGCGCCGCCUCGGGGCGCCCCAGCAGCCCGGCCCCGGGCCACCGCCGCCGCACUCGCGGCGCGGGGUGCACAAGGAGGGCUCGCUGGGCGACGAGCUGCUGCCGCUGGGCUGCGUGGAGCCCGAGCAGCAGGAGGGCGCCUCAGCCGGGGCCCCGUCGCCCACGCUGGAGCUGGCUAGCCGCAGUCCGUCCGGGGGUGCGGUGGGCCCGCUGCUCACGCCUUCCCAGUCCUUGGACGGCAGCCGGCGUUCGGGCUACAUCACCAUCGGCUACCGCGGCUCCUAUACCAUCGGGCGGGACGCGCAGGCAGAUGCCAAGUUCCGGAGGGUGGCUCGUAUCACUGUGUGCGGCAAGACAUCGCUGGCCAAGGAGGUGUUCGGGGACACCCUGAAUGAGAGCCGGGACCCCGACCGGCCCCCGGAGCGCUACACUUCACGCUAUUACCUCAAGUUCAACUUCCUGGAGCAGGCCUUCGACAAGCUGUCCGAGUCGGGCUUCCACAUGGUGGCGUGCAGCUCCACAGGCACCUGUGCCUUUGCCAGCAGCACCGACCAGAGCGAGGACAAGAUCUGGACCAGCUACACCGAGUACGUCUUCUGCAGGGAGUGAGCUCCCCAGACCCCUCGCGACUCCAGCACCCACUUUUCCCUUCUCCAUGCGGGGGAGAUGAUUAUAAAUCCUCCUGCCGCAUGUCGUCUGUCCCCUGGUUCCUCCCACCCCCUCCAAUAGCUCGGCCGGACCUCUUAGCCCCCAACUUCACAAUCAGCAGCCACAAGUCCUCUGGGCUUUUUCGUGUUCUUUGGACCCCGCUAACCGAGAGCGCUCAGAUGUAGCCCCCACCCCAUAUUUCCUCUAUUCCGGGUCUCAAAUUAUCCUUCCCCCAGAUUGUACUUCAAUCUGGAUCUUGUGGCACAGCAUGGCCACAGAGUCGCCGAGUACCUGGGAAUGACUGAAUUGUUCAAAACCUGGUUGGACCGUGUCAGUAUGGAGAAGAUUCAUUGGAAUCUUCUCAAGCCCUUUUGACUCACUCCUGGUUUAAGAGAUCAGAACUGUGGGGAUAAGGUCAUUACAGGCUUUGGCCCUCUUAAACGUAGAGUUUUAGAAGACUGAAUGGAAGACUGAUAUGAAUUAAGAUCCCAUGGAGGCAAUUCGGUGACUGUAAAUGAAUAAAGUUUUGAAAAGUUACAGGUAGAAGUAGAAGACUAGUGCUGGCACGGUGGAGGACCAAAUCUUUUCAACACAUAAUAGGUCCUAAACCUGUAGCUUGAACUUGUAGAAAGGGAUCCUCCUGCCUGCGGGGGCGCCCUUUCUCCUCUGCUCCUUGCCGGUGCCAGAUCCCUUGAUUCCAUUGGCUGAUUUGGCCCUUCUGGGCAAAAGGGAGAAAGGGCGCUGCCUCCGAAGAGGCAAGACUGCCCAGGUCUCCAAGCGCGGCGGAAGUCAUCUGGCAGUGACAAAUGGAGCUAGGCAGGAGUGCACGUCUGGGCAGUAGAACCAUACAAUCAUUAGAUCUAAGAUUUGGGGGACGGGGAUGGGAGGGAGGUAAGGGAGGAAGGGUGGGAAGGGAGGAGCAGACAUACUCAUUUAUUAUUUAGAAAUUGGAAAUUUGUACCAUCCGUUUGAGAACAUGCACAUUUAAAUAUCGAACAAUAAUUGCAAACUUGCAAAGCAAUUUAUCAAGAUUAGUAACAGACCUUCUCUUAACUGGUAGUUUAUUGAACUGUUUUUUGAGCCCUAAACUUAAAAGUUUCUAAUACUUAUAUACUUAACCAAAGAGUUACCAGGUAGGGUUUUAGUUUUUGAACUUUUAUUUUCUUGUUGGUUAUAAAUCUUGUCUUUAAAAUCUAUUUACUUGAGAAAAAUAGGUUUGAUUUUGGCUACUUUGACCCUUUAAGAUCUCUUGUUAAAAAUCCUCUUAUCCUCUUUUUUCCCCAUGCCUAGCAAAUGUUGACUGCUGGGCAUAACUGAGAAGUAAAAAAUGCCACUUCUUUCAAGAAGUCUGUUUGAAGGUAAAGUGGAAUCUUUUCAAGUGACAGAGCUGUAGAGAAAUAAAAUCACUGAGGGCUGCCCAUCUGUAGAUAGCUGUAAAAGGGAUAUUUUUAAUGAAGGCAAAUGAGUACUUAAAAAUGAGUUGAGCAAUAAAAUGGUGUUUUAGGUAAAUACAACAGAAACAGGAGACCUGGUUGCCUUAUGCCUUUACUCUCACAUGAAAUCAAUUCCCAAUGUGUAUCCUGUGUAUACCUUAAGUGAAGGCAACAGAUCCUCAUCAUGCUUCAAUGCUGUAAGGCAUACUUUGGAUAUUCUGUGAUGAUGGAGAAGCCUGUUUUUUUUUGUGUUUUGUUUGUUUGUUUCAACAUCUUUCUCUGAAAUAUGUCUUUAGUAAUUUUGUAAGAGUAGUUUUCAGCAUUUAAAUCAGUGUUAUUUUUUCCUUUUUAAAAAUGAAUCUUGUACUGUAUCUUACUAUGUCCAUGACAGAGGUUACGUGUUCAGUUUUCUUAUUAGAUUCUUAUGUGAUCCAAUCUGUAUAUACCAUAUAUAAACAUUUUACAUGAAUCAUUUAGUUUUUUAAUUCAUUUACUAAUGCUAUAAAAUUUCCUAUAUUUAUCCCCAGUAACUUGCAUCAGAUGGUGUAUAUACUAUAGCAAAAUGUUUUGAUGAGUUUCUUAUAUCCUUGUCUAUAGGGAAAUUGGGUCAGGAAAAUAAGACAUAAUUGUGAAACUGAGUUUGCUAGAACAUUAAUUGUAUACAAAUCAUGUCAAUUAACUGUCUACCUAAAAUCAAGGUACCUGCAUUUUUAAUCCACAAAUUCUUUCAUUUUAAUUGGGAAUAAGAAAGACUUAAUUUCUUUUAUUAGUUUUAAAAAGGUUAGCUGUUUAUACAAAGACUGUAAUUUUAAGGGGAAUAGAAGAAAUCUAGGAACUUCUGUUUGCAUAUAUGUUGAGUUUGUUCUCAGACUAGGUUAUACAUCAGAACUUGUCUUUGUUUUAAACCUGAAAUGAUUUAGGACUGUCAGUCACUGGCCAGAAGUGAUUGUCACAGAAAUUUCUCCCUCCCUAUGGUAUUCUCUUAGAUUGCUCAACAAAAAUCACAUGAUUGAGAACAUCUUUAGGACAGAUCAUAAACACUGACAGAUGGAAAGACUUGUCGAUUCUGGUUUCCCUCAUCAGAUCUGCACAACUCCAAGAGUCAUGAGAAGCUGCUGAAGUUUUGUCUCUGCAAUUCAAGUCUUAUGAAUUUUAUGUUCUAAAAUUGAGCUGAACUAUUCCACUCUCUUACACAUAGGUAUUUUUACCUGUUACCCUCCCCCUUUGCUGCCCUGCAUCCCCUACAUUAUUUUAAAGACUGGGAACUUAUUGUUAGGGACAAUAACCAACCUCUUUUUCUAGCAAUGACCGUGUCCUCUGAGGUUGACUUCAUUCUGUUGGGUAGAUGGUAACUGAGGUAAUACGACUGGGCAUGAGCACCUUUGGAUCUCUCCAUGUGCUUUGGGCUAUAGAAAUAGAUUUUAGGUCUACAAAGUUGUCUGGAACAUUGGUCAUCACUUAUGAGUUUGAGCAGGGUAUUGAGGAUCCAUCUGAAUAAGCCCUCCAAAGACAUGAUUCAAAUGACCUGGGAGAAUAUCAUAAAUUGUCCAGAGAAUGAUGACUACAUUAAUCUGACUCAGAGAGGCAUGCAUUUUCAUGUCACUCUGUUAUCGCUUGGUGUUCCUAAAUAUAACUGAAUAACAUUAGGCUUUUAAUAACUGAUUUUUAAAAGAGGAAUUAAUAACAGUGGGGGUUAAAAAAACAGGUACCAUGUUCCAUGUUUUUGCACCAAGUGUUUGACAUGUCUGUUUUUUACAUACAUGUAGACUAUGAGCCAUAUCCAUUCUAACAUCAUUUUUCAAAGGAUAUGUUGUGGAAAAUAUUCCUUGAAGGUAUGAGACUUAAAUUUUUUCCCCUUUCAAUACUAUUUUUAUUCUUGUGUUUCUUAUUUGGAGUUUUGGACUGAUAGCAAAGUGAUGAUUUAUAACACUAGCCAAAAUUAAUUGUCUUCUCUUUCAAACCAGACCCAUAUAUAUAUAUUUAUAUAUAUAUAUAUAUAUAUAUAUAUAUAUAUAUAUAUAUAUAUGGUCUGCUGCUUCUCUGAGGAAAUGCAUAGUGUGCAGAUACUCAGACCCAUGGGCAACGGCAGUGCUCAUGACAUGUUCCAAUUUUUAUUGGAAUUUUCCAUGGAAUGUUAUUAGAACAUUAAAGCCAUGUAAGGUGAAGCUUUGAUAAUUUUUUUACUCUCAAAUUAUGGUAAGUUCCAAUCUAAUAAUCCAAAUUGUUUUUAUACUCCUACAUGAAAAAGGGUGAAUUACAAUACAGACAUUUAGAAAAGUAUUGACUGGAGGAGUUGAAUUCCUUAAAAAUUUCUUUUAUAGUCUAAUCAUAAAUACUUUACAACAUUGACAAGUUUUUAAAAUACUAAACUGUUUUUAUUGUAAAUCUAGCAGAGACAAUACUUUAGAAUUUUCCCCGUGUUUUUCCUUACUAUAAAUCACUUAAAGCCUCAAUCUUUUUUAGAUGAUGCAAGUCUGUCUUUUGAGAAAUGAAUAUAGUAUUCUUAUUUCCAGUAUCUAUAGUACCUGAAAUAGGUUUUCUUAUAGCCCACAACAAGUUUUGUUAAAGUUAACUUUUCUUUGUCAAGUUUUUGACAAUAAAAAUUUAAAUGUAUUAAUACUUGAGGAUUUAGCUUCUCUACUGGGGCCCUUAAAACUUAGAUGGACAAAAUUCAACCAGACUCUCUACAUUGGUGUAUAAUAUCCUGUGGUGGGAAGAUGGACUAUUUGACAAAGAAUUCUUGUCACUUACAUGCUUUGUGAUUUUUUUCCAAGCCAGUUUUUUUUAAUUCUAAAUGUGUUUUGAGGUAUAUGGACAUUAAUUGUAAUGUAAACUAUUAUACAACUGUCUUUGUGACUUUAUAGGCAGGCAAAUUUUGCUAUUAUUAUUGAAUAUAAAAGAGGAAAAUCCAUUUAUUAUCACCAUUAGUAAUCAUUUAAUGACAAAGGGUUAAAACAUUCAUUAUGGGGGUGAAUUUAAAAAAUGUAAACUGUAUGUUGUUGACAUUUUUCUGGGCAUCUAAAAAACUCAUUUAUCAAACAAUGGAAGACCCUCACAGACCUAGCCAGCAUUCUGAAAUUGUUGAAAAUGUUAUAUGCUAAGUGGUACAUAUAAUUUGAACUAUUUUCUCAGAAUAUAAGGGAGGAGAAAAAAAUAAGAUUAUCAGACUUUUCUAAUGAAACAGAAAGCCAAGAAAAAAAAACUCAAUAUUAAAACAACAAAAACCACCAACAAAACACACACUGAUGAGUCUUUUCAGAGAUGCCCAAACUUGGAGAAUUCCUUCCAUCAUCUAAAUGUGGUAGAGAUUUUUGUUUUCCCUGUUCACAACCAGUUGUAUAACAGAAAUACUCGAUACUGUUUUCCUCCAUGUGUGUGAAGUAAUGAAUCAUUGAUUAUUAAACUUGUCCUGUAUUCUAUUAAACACUAAAGAAUAAAACAUUCACUCCUUUAUUCCUCUUG